AUGUCAUUUGGCCUUGAGGUUUCCUUAUGUCCUACAAAAAGAGGAACCCUUAAGUUUAAGGAAGCUUCGGAGGAAUCUGAGGAAAGAAAGGCCAAAAAGCUUUUAAACGAAUUAGAACUAGGUGAUAAAAAGCCAUCUGUUCUAUUAAGAGAAAUGAAAAAUUUAGCCAAUGACAAAGUGACAGAUUAUUUUUUACGCACCAUGUUUUUACAAAGACUGCCAAAUACUUCUCGUGCCAUCUUAGUAGCUAGCACAGAUAAUGUUGAAAAUCUGGCGAAGAUGGCUGACAAGAUUGUCGAGAUAAAUUCGUCAGAUUCUCAGUAUAUUUGUGCGGAUCAGUCGCAAUCAAGCCAAUCAUUGCAUAAAGAUAGGCUAAGCAUUUUAGAGGAUCAAAUGUCCGAUCUUGUUGCUUCCGUUAAGGAAUACAAGUCCAGUAAACAUUUUAGAAACAGGUCUAACAGUAGAGAAAAUCUGUCAAAGACUUACCGUUACUGUUGGUAUCACUACAAAUUCAAAGAAAAUGCUCGUAAAUGUAUUCAACCAUGUUCUUUUAAAACUUGUAGGUCCAUCACUAAAGUCGGCAAGUGA